CACGAGUCAAUUGACUAGGUUAGUCGUGACACAAUGAUAGUGUGCUCCUCCUACACCAUUUUUCCUUUCUCCCGCUGAUGUAUUUGGAGGACCAUGCUUCUUCUAAAUGUAAAUUCGAGAGAUUCACCUGGUGAAGAUCGUCUUCGAGAGGUUCUGCUCGCGUUUCAAUCCGGGUCGGUUUCGUGUCCGAUGGUCGUGUUGUGAGGAAAAUUGAAUUUGACUUUUUCCCACUGAAAUGGAAUGGUUUUUUAGAUUAGAACUGUUCUCGAUACUGGUACUAGCGCCUCAACUCGUUGUACUGCAAAUUGAUUACAACAUAACCGACUAUACUAACCCUCUACCGGAUGAUAUAAAACCACUGGUACAAAAAGCGCUACGUUUGGAACAAACCGGCGAAAAUGACGAUUGUGUUAGCGAAGAAGAAACGAUUUGUCCUCCGAUGAAAUUCAGCCAAAUUUCCGGCCACUGCAACAACGUAAGACACCCCAACUGGGGCUGCAGAGGCCAGAAGUACCUGAGAUUCAAAAAACCAGAUUACAACAGAGGAAGCUCCUUACCCCGGGAAUCCCCUACAGCCCACAAGCUACCCAACCCUUCAGAGGUAGCUUCGGCUUUCCAGGAACAUCCGGCCGGUAACCACGAGUCCGUGACGGCCCUGCUGGGUUCCUGGGGCGAGUUCCUGCUGAACGAUCUGGUCAGCACCGGCAACAUGAAGAGCCGGAACUGCUGCGGCGAGAAACGCGGGGCGCACAGGGAAUGUUACGUGAAAUUCGACGGCGAGAAGUGCUUGGAAUACAUGAGGACGUUGCCCGCUGUCGAUGAUACUACCUGCGUUUUCGAAUACCGCAACCAAAUGAACCUGGCGACUUCGUUCCUGGACGGGUCGACGAUUUACGGGAAUACCGACGAGGAAAUGAAAAAAAUUCGGUUGUUCACGAACGGCCAAAUCGAAGAAACCAAUUGCCAGGCUUGCUUCUUCAAUCCCCUAUACACCCUUUUCAUCAAGGAACACAACAGAAUCGCCAAUGAGCUCAGAAAAUUGAACCACAAAUGGACGGACGAAAUGUUGUUUCACGAAAGUAGAAAAAUUGUCAUAGCCCAAAUACAACAUGUUACUUACAACGAAUUCCUUCCGCUGUUAUUAGGAGAGGAAACCAUCAAGCAAUCUCAAUUGGAAUUGAAAAACCACGGGAGAUACUCGAAGUACUCGAGCAACAUCAGAGCUGGUGUCUUCAAUGAAGUAGCCAUAGGAGUUCUACCUGCACUGUUAUCUCUCAUACCAUCCAAAAAAUUGAACAAAACUCUCGAAACCACAACGGAGAUGUUCAGCAAUUUGGCCAGUUCUCCAGCGAAGGUGUUGAGUUCUCGUAUCAAUGUUCAAGUCAGGUCUGACUGGGAUAGUUUUGCGCUGUUCGUUCACAUGGGAAGAGACCACGGGGUGCCUUCUUAUCUAAGGCUCCGAGAGGCGUGUAACAACGAAACGUUUAAAACUUACAUUAAUUUCGAAGAACUAGAAGCCUACGGUAUAGGAAAAUCGGAUUAUAAGAUUCUGAAGAGCUUGUUCGGCGUUGCUUCAGAUGUUGAUUUGAUUGUUGGAGGGAUUUUGGAAGAGAAUAUUCCAGGUGCUAUCCUGGGUCCUACUUUUAACUGUCUCUUGAAACACCAAUUCAAAAUCCUGAGAGAAUCCGACAGGUUUUGGUACGAAAACGACAUACCGCCCAGUUCCUUCACUGUCAAUCAGCUGGAGCAAAUUAAGAAAGUUACUUUAGCUGGAUUGAUUUGCGCGAACACCGAUUUACCGAAAAUGCAACCUCAAGCUUUCCUCCAGGAAGAUCCUUACUUGAAUUCCGCGAUUUCUUGCCAGCAUUUCCAGCAACUCGGAAUUUCCGAGUGGACCGAUCACGCCGUGGAAUUGUCGUCGAAUUUAUUUAAAGAUGCUUUGAGCAAAGCGGAACAGGAUUUUCUCGAAAGAAGGCAGUUUGAGUACAACGCCUGGUUGAAAGUUGGUGGAGUUAGUCCAAAAUCACCUCAAGGCACCGCGGUAGCUUUUAGUAAAGCGAAUAAAGGCGCUUUGAAAUUAGCAAACUCGUCCUUACUGUAUGAACUCGCUUCGAACGAAAUCCUCAGUACAGUGUUGAACAACAGAAAAAAGAGACACUUGCUGAUAGACGACGAUUUCCCAAUUUUUCGAAACGAAAUAAUUAAUUCGCUACAAAAUUUCGAUUUUGGCUUCGUUUCGAACUUCCAUCACAAGAACCACUUUGAAAGUAGCGCUCAUUGCGAUGAAACCGGACCGUGCAAUUCGAGAUCAGCGUUUAGAAGUUACACAGGCCAUUGUAAUAACCUAAAAAAUCCAGAUUACGGUAAAAGUUUAUCCACUUUCUCCAGAUUGCUACCAAGCGUUUACGAAGAUGGUAUAUCGAAACCUAGAAGAACCAGCGUCACCGGAUUGCCUCUACCAAAUCCUCGGAUAAUAUCGAGAACAAUUCACCCGGAUAUCAGUCAUUUACAUUCCAGAUACACUUUAAUGACGAUGCAAUUUGCUCAACUUCUCGACCACGAUAUCUCGCUAACACCAGUCCACAAAGGAUUCGAAGAAUCGAUUCCAGAUUGCAGAUCGUGUGAUAGUAAAUUUACUGUUCAUCCAGAAUGCGAUCCUUUACCAAUUCCUCCAGGAGACGACUAUUAUCCAGAAUUUAAUAUCACUACAGGUGAGAGGAUGUGCCUGCAUUCCAUGAGGUCUUUACCAGGCCAGCAGCAUUUCGGUCCAAGGGAGCAAAUAAACAUGAACAGCGCCUUCCUCGACGCUUCCAUGAUUUACGGCGAAAACCCCUGCAAGGCCAAGAACCUCAAAGGAACCAACGGCCUAAUGAACUACACCACCCAUCCGGUGCGAGGGAAAGAUUUGCUGCCUCAGACGCACAAACAUCCAGAAUGCAAAUCCGCGAGCGGGUUGUGCUUCGACGCAGGCGAUCCCAGGGCUUCGGAACAACCGGCCCUCACCUCCAUCCACACCAUCUUCAUGCGGGAGCACAACAGAUUGUCGGACAUUCUGAGCAAGAUCAAUUCGCAUUGGAACGAAGAGCAAAUCUUCGAGCACGUCCGGAGGAUAGUCAUCGCGGAGUUCCAGCACAUCGUCUACAACGAAUUCCUGCCGAGGAUCUUAGGCUGGAGCGCCAUGAAUUUGUACGAGUUGAAAUUGUCCCCGAGCGGUUAUUACAGAGGAUACGAUCCCGAUUGCAACCCGGCUGUUAUUAACGAAUUUGCAGCAGCAGCUUUCAGAAUAGGGCAUUCUUUGUUGAGACCUCACAUUCCAAGGGUAAAUGUGAAUUAUGAAAUACUACAUCCGCCUAUUCUGCUGCGCGAUGGUUUCUUCAAAAUGGAUAUGAUGAUGAGGGAGAAUAUGGUUGAUGAAAUAACCAGGGGGUUGAUAUCGACUCCUGUGGAGACUUUGGAUCAGUUUAUUACAGGUGAAGUUACGAAUCAUUUGUUUGAGGACAGGAACAUCCCAUUUUCCGGAAUCGAUUUAAUAUCAAGGAAUCUCCAACGUGCCAGAGACCACGGAAUUCCAUCCUACAAUAAUUACAGAGUCUUGUGCAACCUCAAAAGAGCUAAUACGUUCGAGGAUUUGUACAGGGAAAUGUCUCCAGAAAGCAUAGCAAGACUGAAGAAUGUUUAUGCCCACGUGGACGAUAUCGAUCUAUUUCCCGGGGGAAUGAGCGAACGAUCGCUCAAAGGAGGAUUAGUUGGACCCACUUUCGGAUGCAUCAUCGGAUUGCAAUUCAAAAAAAUGAGACAAUGCGAUAGAUUUUGGUACGAAAGUCACGAUCCUGCAGUGAGAUUUACCGAACAACAACUGUCUGAAAUAAAGAAAAUUACUCUGUCGAAAAUCUUGUGCUCCAACAUGGACGUUGAAGGCUACAUACAGAAGGAUGCUUUCGAUUUGCCCACGAAUUUCCUCAAUCCCAGAGUACCCUGCCAUUCGUUGCCUGCCAUUAACAUGAACGCCUGGAAGGAGUUCGGUGGAAAUACUGGAUGCAUCAUUGGAGAUAAAUACGUGAGGGUUGGCGAAGGGAAUUUCCCCACGCCUUGUACGAGCUGCGUUUGCACGCCUCAAGGUGGCAACUGCGCUUCGUUGAAGAUAACGGAUUGCCAGGAAUUGCUGCGUUUCUGGCCGAGAGAAACUAUCGUGAAGGACGAGGUGUGCACUGCUCAGUGCGGAUUCCUGCUGAAGGACUCCACGGCUACGUCGUUUCAGAGGAUCACUCAUCACGGCUCGAGUCAGUUGAAAAACAGACUUUCCUUGUUCCCUAAUGGAAAUUCUGACAAUUUUCACGAUUUCGGAUUCGCCGAUUUUUCGCAUUUUUUGAAGAAGUAGAGGAAAUCCAUGGGUAACUAACUAACUCUUAAGCUAGUCCUAGUGUAAGAUAUUUUCUAAACGUUAAUCAUAUUUGUAGAUAGAUCAGUAAUUUUCAUUUGUACAUACUAUAUUACCAUUAUUGUAAAACUGUGAUGUAUC